GAGAAAAGCAGUCCUGAAAAUAUUGAAGAUUGCGAAAUGGAAAUUGUUAGGGCAGACGAGUCUGAAGAAAGUGGCUGUAGCCUUAAUGAUGGGGAGAAGGAGGAAACAGUUGCAGACACGGCAAGUAAGACAAACGGAUUUCGAGAGGCCACGGAUUUUGUAAACAAGCUGAGGAUCAAGUGUGGUGCGGACGACUACGAAGAAUUCUUGAAAAUUUUCAGGUUUUAUAAGAAAGGGUCUAGGAACUGGGUUGACGUCUGCGAUUCUGGUCUCGGCCUAACAGAAGGCCAUCCUGAUUUGCAAGAAGAGUUUCUUAAAUUUAUGGCAAUUACUGAAGCAAAGCCAUUGACAUAUCGCCUUCCAGAUUUGCAAUCUUCAGACCUCACCAAAAGUAGGGUUGAUGAGCAGCAGAAAAGGACUCCUGAAAAAAGGAAAGUUUGCCCAAAGACUGAUCAAGAAAGAAAAUUUGUCAAGGCAAAUGGAUCUGGAAGUGUCUCAGAACAGAUUGGAGAAGGAAUUGGCUUCUUAGAGAACGUUAAGAAGAGUCUUUCUUGUGAGGUGAGUUACAAGAAAUUCUUAAAGCUUUUCUUUGCUUACAGCAAGGGAAAAGUUGAAAGGGCAGAAUUAGAAGAUAUGGUUUCCAGUUUGAUAGGAAAUUAUCCUGAUCUGAUGGGCGAGUUCCUUCAAUUCAGGAAGAAUUGUGAGAGUUUAGGUGUACUUGAAGUAAGGGGAUGCAAAGAGAAGAACAAAAGGAGGGAGAGGCGUGGGAAUAAACCGAUUGAAGAACUUGAUCUCUCUACGUGUGCAAAGUGCACUCCUGGAUAUCUAAUCCUCCCUGAAGAACAUAGGAACCAGACGAAGAGACAUAAAUCCCAAGUACUGAAUGAUGAGGUAAUAUCCGUGUCUUCAAGACUGCGGGGCAACUCCUUUAAGAACAGGCGUCUAAAUCAGUACGAAAACAACCUGUUUGAAUGUGAAGAUGAACAAUUUGAGCUGAACAUGUUAUUGGAAUGGUUUAAAUCAGCUGAUAAAUACGCAGAGGAACUGGGAGGAGUCACUGUCCAAAAUGAAGAGAAAAACGGGAGUCCAAUUAGCUUCCAGAGGUGUAUCGAUCGCUUAUAUGGUGAUCAGGGAGUUGAGGUUCUUGACAUGUUCCAUAAAGAUACACAGCACGCACUGCCCAUCUUAAGAACGCGCUUGCAACAGAAAAUAGCAGAGCUGACUGAAUAUCGCGACAGUCUAAGGAGUAGCUGGAUUGAAGUAUAUGCUAGAAACUAUCACAAAGCACUUGGCCUUCGACACUGCUGAUCUUCAGGGCGAUGACAAGGAGCCAGUGUAGCUGUUUGUAAUUUGCUUUUGAGUUAUGUGGUUCUGAUCAAAGUUGAUAUGUAGGGAUCACUUUUAAGAAUCUUGAUUAGCAAGUAUUUUCUGUGCUUCUAUGGAGAUUUGCAGUGCAAGAAGCUACUCUGUAUUGAACUUUUUUCCUUCU